AUGACCACUCCAACGUUGAUCGGUAUGCCCGAGCCGCCGUCAAAUCCCGAUACACCAACAGAGGCACCGGGUACACCCAAUUCAACCACAACCUCCCUAUCUGCGCUCUCCACCACAGCUAUCAAAGACGGCCAUCGCGGCACAUCUUUCCCUCAUAGCGGCGCCGGCCACCACCACACCACCUCAAGCAACACCCUUGAAGCCGAGCGCGCAGACAGAAUCUCACGUCUCGCCGGCCUUGAGCGAGUGUCUGCUUCGCGACCCCAGAAUCCGAAUGCUGCUGCUGGCUCCAGCACAGGCGCAAGCCAACUCCCGGGAUACUUUGAUCAGAAUGGCAAUCCCGUCUACACAACCAGAAUGUCAACAGUGGGAUCAGCAUCCGCAACUGGUUCGACUGGUGGACAGACUACUACAUGGGCAAGCGGAAGCGCGAGAGCAGGCGAUGAUGAGGACCAAAUGAGCAUGGACACGAACGACCGCGACAUGGAGAACGAUCACUAUUCUGCUUCUGCCGUUGACGAGGACAUGGAGGGUGAUGGUAUGAGUGAUGACACCAGCUUAGUUGGAUUUGGUGAAGGUGCUGGGAGCACUGUUAGUGGCCCGAUUUACAACAGGAGGGAUGUGGCCUCUAGCCCUGCGGUAGGCAAGACUGGUCUCCCUAGUCAUCUACAGAACCCGAAUUCUGCAAGCGGACCAGGCACGCCGGGGAGCAGCUCGACUACCGCGACGGCUGAGCAGCAGAGGAGAGAUGCGAGGAUGAUUGAUGGACUGGCUGAUGAUACGAGUGGAUAUGUUGAUACUGCUGCGCGUGGCGGACGCGGGGUCCCUAGUCGGGGCUCAGGUACGGGCGCUGAGGUUGCUGAGGGGAUUGUUAAGGACCGGUUAGAUGACGGCGAAGGGAGAAAGAAAGCCGGGCUUGGGACUCCGGACGAUCCUGCGAAUUUGGGAAAGUUUUACUUCGAGGAGAAAAAGUAG